AAACACGCCAACACAUCUAGCGCGAGCUCAAGGCGUACCCUAGCAGCUCGAAAGCAGUGAGCAGUAACGCUUUUGGCGCGACUACCUGAAGGCACUGAAGCCGAACCGCCGGGCGGAACAUGCAUUUACCAGCGCUUGCCGCGGCAAGACAGAGACACAGCUUAAGCGAGCUACUGUGCGCGCUAGCGCGCGCGGCGACACCUGUCGCUGCGUUAGGGUCGGGUCAUGGAGGGCCCUGCGCAACAGUCGCGCCAUGCCGCUCGCACACCGCCGCAGCCGCAUCGGGAGCGCGACGCUACGCGGUGUCUACUCGCAGCGAGUCUGUAGCUGCCGCCAGGUCCACAGUGGACGCUUACCUGGAGGUGCCGGGCGGCCGAGUGCCCUACACGCCCGAGCUGCGCUUCUUGGGCGGCCCCGACGCGCCCAUCCCCACCAUGCCCUGCUACCGCACCAUCGACUCCACCGGCCAGGACGUGCCGGGCGCACACAUCCCCCACCCCCUCAGCCAGGAGCUGUCACUCCGGCUGUACGGCGCCAUGGCUCGGCUGCAGACCAUGGACACCAUGUUCUACGAGGCGCAGAGACAGGGCCGCUUCUCCUUCUACCUGACCUGCCAGGGCGAGGAGGCUACCAACAUCGGCUCGGCGGCGGGGCUGGGGGGGCAGGACAUGGUGUUUGCGCAGUACCGGGAGCAGGGCGUGCUGCUGUGGCGCGGCUACACGCUGGACCAGUUCGCUAACCAGCUGCUGGGCAACGCGCUGGAGCCGGGCAAGGGCCGCCAGAUGCCCAUCCACUACGGCAGCCCGGAGCUGGCCUACCAGACCAUCAGCUCGCCGCUGGCCACACAGAUGCCGCACGCCGUCGGCACCGCGUACGGCUACAAGAUGGACCGGCUCCCCCGUGUGGCGGUGACCUACUUCGGCGACGGCGCCAGCAGUGAGGGCGACGCCCACGCCGCCUUCAACUUUGCGGCGGUGCUGGGCGCGCCCUGUCUGUUCGUGUGCCGCAACAACGGCUACGCCAUCUCCACGCCCGCACACGAGCAGUACAAGGGCGACGGCAUCGCGGGCCGCGGCCCUAUGUACGGCAUCCCCUCCAUCCGGGUGGACGGCGGCGACGUACGGGCAGUGUACAACGCGGUGGUGGAGGCGCGCCGCCGGGCACUGGGCGGACAGCCGGCGGCGGCGGCGGCGGCGGCGGCUGGGGCGGCUGGGGCGGCGGCGGCGCCAGGGCAGCACUGCAGUGGCAGUGGCAGCAGUGGGGGGCUCCUGACGGAGCCGGCUGUGGGAGCUGUGGGGAAAGGGGCGGGGCAGGGGCAGGGGCAGGGGCAGGGGCAGGGGCAGCAGCAGGCGGCCGAGCCGGGCCCUGUGCUGAUUGAGUGCAUGAGCUACCGCUCCGGCCACCACUCCACCAGCGACGACUCCACAAGGUAUCGCACCAGUGAGGAGAUGGGCGCCUGGCGGGCACGAGACCCCGUGGCCCGCUUCCGCAGCUGGCUGGUGCGGCAGGGCUGGUGGGACGAGGCGCGCGAGGCGGAGCUGAGGCGGAGCACACGGCAGGAGGUGCUGGCGGCGCUGGACCGCGCGGCCCAGGUGCCCAAGCCGCCCCUCAGCGACAUGUUCACCGACGUGUACGCGCCCCUGACUGCUGCUGCUGGUGGUGGUGGUGCUACAGCCGGUGGUGGUGGUGCCGGUGGUGCUGCUGCUGCUGCCGGCGGUGCUGAUGACACGGGUGCGGGUCUGGGGCUGCCACCCCACUUGGCGGCGCAGCGGGCGGCCACACUGGACUUUGCGCGGCGGCACCCAGCCGUGUGCCCGCCCGACGUGCCACUGCGGUGACCGCCGCCAGCAGUGUUGGGCACGAGUGUUGGGGUUCGCAGGGAUAGAUGGCGCCGUCGGCUUGACGACCAUACAUACGGUAGUGCGAGCGUUGUGGCUGGAUGGGCGGGCAUUUGCUGCUGGCUCGGAGCUUGCUUGGCGCACCGUCACUCCGUAGCUCCUAGCUCCCAUGUGGCAGGGGCAGGAUUUCGCCACAUACCAUACACCGGAGUCGUGGGAUUGGUGUUUAAUGAUAGUCACGCACGUAUUACCGUCAAGGUAUCGAGUAAACCGUGUGCCAGACAGUCGAUUUGCAUGUACACAGGUGAGAGCGCUGAGAGAGGCGCAGUGUGCCGCAGCCUCACUAGAAUGAUGCGUCCUGCUCGCUGCGGUUAGACGGGGUGUCAAAAUUAAGAACGCGCAAAAGGCCUUAUAAACUGUCAUGUGUGAUGUAACGAGAGCUGGAUUGGGAAUGAACCCAUAGCCGAUAGCUCGGCUCAUGGGCUAAGUUCCCUUCAUACUUGGCCUUGCAAUGGUGCGCAAUGGGACAGAGGGGAGGUGCCGAGGGGGCAAGCCGGGGUACUAGCGGUAGGGGUUUUAAGGCUGGUUGAUGAAGUCCCGUAGGGUGCAGGUGAUUCCCAGACCUCACCCGGAGUGGCACCCGGGUGCAGCAAGGGCCACCGUCGGAACCGGAUGUCACGCCCCAGCGGGUUACCUAGCAGAGCGUGUCACCGUGCUGUGUUUAGCUGUGCCAAUGCGCGUACGGCAGACGGAAGGGCGAGACCCGGGGUUCCGCAAGGGGCUUUGAGGGGAGUUGCCGGGCGUGCCAGCAGCGUGUGUCGUGUGUUGUGUUCGUAGAACCGGGUGGCUGAGCCGUCUGACUGAGCUCAGGCCGCCGCGUUUCCUAGUGUAUCGUAUGUAUGGUACAGGGGGGGGGGGGUAAGGAUGCCGCAGACAUACCCCAGGGGGGG